AUGUUUAAUACUAUCACGAUCGGAUUGUUGCUUCUCAAUUUUCUCAAAGCAUUGAGCGUCGAUUUUGAAAUUUCUAUUUCCAAAGAUUCCUUAUAUUCCAAAAAAAGAAUUGUAAAUACAAUAUCCUCGAAUACAACUUUUAUUGUUAAUUGCUAUAAUUUAUAUGCGCAGUAUUGUUCAAUCGAACUAAAUUAAAUAUCAAUCGAAGCAGCCCAAAUUGCUUUACUUUUUUUAAAAGGACAAGCACCAUUUUUAGAUAAUAAAAAGGACUUUAAAUAUGAUGGAAUGGACUAUGAUAGUUAUGUGUAAUAAAAGAGUAACCAUUUUAUCUUAAUACCCAGCUCAUAAGAUAAAGUAUAUUUUACUGUAUUGACCAAUAUUCCAGUUUCCUUUGAUAUUUAUUUAAGAGGAUCACAAACGAUGCUAUGUCAAGGAGAUUGCCAGAAGAAUGGAAAAUGUGUCAAUGGAGAAUGCCGAUGCGAGUAAGGUUUCAUAGGCAGGGACUGUUCAUAAAGAGCCCUAUAAUUGGAGCAGGACAAAGCCAUAAAGAUAAAUGGUUCUCAUGAUCCCAACUUUUAUUGUUAUUAUGAAUACAAUGGCACUUCAGAUUUGAGACUUGAAAUCUCAACCAAAGAUGAUGAGAAUGAAACGCAAGUCUAUUUACUUAUCCCCUCUUUAGUGUAUUUACCUACCACUGAUUUCUUUAAUGAUGCUGCUAUCAUCACAAAGGGCGUUCCUUAUGUUAUAUAAAUAGAUCAGAGAAAACAGAGCUACUUUGAAGAUGAAAAUUCCUAUAUUCCUGACAGGUUGAUAAUAUUACUAAGAGGUGGCCAAUUUAAUAUUAGUUUGGAUUUGAUUUCAGACGAUAACAAGGGGGAUUAGAUGAAACUAAUUAUAAUAAUUGUUUGUAGUGUGGCUGGGGCUUUGUUACUUUGCUUUUGUUUCUUUUUAAUUAGAAGAGCGAAGUUGCGGAGAUCAAUGGAUAAAUAAUCACCUGAAGAUUAUGAAAUGAGAGAAAAGCAAUUCACCUAUGGGCGUUCGUUGAGUAAGAAAGAGGACGAUGAAUUCGUUACUACAAAUAAUUAAAUAUAAUGCAAAGAUCUCUAAGAUAAUUGUGCAAUUUGCUUGGAUCCUCUUUCAAAUUAGCAACCAAUUAAAACUACUCCAUGCAAGCACAUAUUUCAUUCCAAAUGCAUUGAAAAAUGGCUUCAGAAAAAUCAAUUUUGUCCUUUCUGUAGAUUUGAUUUAAAAAUUGACAAUUUGAAAUAGUAAAAAUAAUAGCAUAUUAAAAUACCAGUUUCAAAUCAAAUUAGAAUAGUUAGAAGAAAUAAUUGA